CCAAAUGGGAGGUCAACAUUUUUCCUCACUAGUUUCCCUCGCAUUUGUCUGUUUGGUGAGCGAGAAAAUCAGUCCAACAACCACAAGAAGAAAGAAAGAGUGAGAAAAUGGUGAGAGAAAAGAAAGACAGAAGAUACAACCUACUCGCUCUCACUGGAUCCGCUGCUCUUCUCGCACUUGCCAUAAACCUCGCAAUCUCCGCCGUCAACGCCCACACCAAGAAAAGAAAGCGCAGAGAUCUUGCUGGUUCUAACGUGCGUGUGAAUCUUUCGGCACCUGAGAUUCUCCAAUUGGCGAACAGCAUUAUCUCCAAGUCGAAGGCCGUGCAUGAUGCGGUUGGUUCAGUUCCUCUUGAUAAGGCCACAUAUGCCAAUGUUGUUUUGCCUCUGGCAGAGUUGGAGGCACAACAAUUCCCACUGGUUCAAUCUUGUAUAUUCCCAAAGUUGGUGUCGACUUCAGAGGAGGUACGCAAAGCGAGUGCUGAAGCAGAGCAGAGAAUUGAUUCUCAUGUUUUGAUGUGCAGUCAGCGUGAAGAUGUAUACUGUGUUGUCAAAGCUUUUGUUGCAAGAGGAGAAUGGAUAAGUCCUGAAGCUAACCGAUAUGUACAAUGUUUGAUUAGAGACUUUGAGCGGAAUGGCUUGAACCUUACUUCAACAAAAAGAGAGGAAGUGCAGCGGUUGAGAGCUCAUAUAGAUGAUCUUAGUGUACUAUAUAUAAAAAAUAUGAGUGAUGAAAGUACUUUUCUCCUCUUCAGUGAGACUGAGCUAGCUGGGUUACCACCGGAGUUCCUUCAGAGCCUAGACAAAGCUGAGAAUGGUAAAUUUAAGGUUUACUUGAGAAGUCGUCAUGUUAUUCCAGUAUUGGAGCUUUGUAAGAUAGGGAUGACCAGGAAGACAGUAGCUGUGGCAUAUGGGAAGAGGGGUGGAGAAGCAAAUCCUUCUGUCUUGAAAAGUCUGAUUCAACUGCGCCAUAAAUUGGCUCGAUUGCUCAGCUAUUCAAAUUAUGCAGACUAUGCUGUUGCUCCCAGAAUGGCAAAGUCAUCCUCAAAGGUAUUUGAGUUUUUAGAGGACAUCUCUGCCAGUGUAAAUGAAUUAGCUGCCAGAGAGCUUGACAUGUUGAAAGACUUAAAGCGGAAAGAGGAAGGAGAGUUUCCAUUUGGAAAUGAGGAUCUACUGUACUAUAUGAAGAGGGUUGAAGAGCAAUAUCUUGACCUUGACUUUGGCGUACUUAAGCAAUACUUUCCCAUCAAUUUGGUUUUACCUGGGAUCUUCAAAAUAUUCCAAGACCUUUUUGGUUUAAGAUUUGAGGAAAUUGCUGAUGUUGAAGUUUGGCACUCUGAUGUUCGUGCUUUUUCUGUUUUUGACUUAAGUUCUAGUGAGCUCUUGGGUUAUUUCUACCUUGAUAUUCACCCCAGGGAAGGAAAAUAUGGUCACAUCUGCGUUGUAGCUCUGCAAAAUGGUUCAUUAUCAUCCAAUGGUGCUCGACAGAUACCAGUAGCAUUGCUUAUUUCGCAAUGUCAGAAGGAAGUUGAUGAUCAUCCUGGCCUAUUGCGUUUCUCCGAAGUGGUUAAUCUUUUCCAUGAGUUUGGUCAUGUGGUCCAACAUAUCUGCAAUCGUGCAUCAUUUGCUAGAUUUUCUGGGCUACGUGUUGAUCCUGACUUUGUGGAGAUCCCUGCUCGGGUGUUUGAAAACUGGUGUUAUGAAAGCUUCUCACUGAAAUUGAUAUCUGGUUUCCAUCAGGAUAUCACGAAGCCCAUUGAGGAUAGAAUGUGCGAAUCACUUAAAAGAUGGAGAUCUUCCUUUUCAGCACUUAAAUUGAAGCAAGAAAUUCUUUAUUGUCUUUUCGAUCAGAUUAUACAUUCAACUGAAGAUGUUGACAUGGUCAAGCUAUUCAGGGAUCUGCAUCCAAAGGUCAUGUUAGGAUUGCCAAUGUUGGAAGGAACCAAUCCAGCAUCAUGUUUUCCACGUAGUGCUGUUGGUUUUGAGGCUACUUGCUACAGUCGCAUUUGGAGUGAGGUUUUUGCAGCUGAUAUGUUUGCCUCAAAGUUCCCUGGCGGUCUUCUGAGCCAGUAUAUUGGCAUGCAGUUCAGGAAAAAGGUAUUGGCCUUGGGGGGAUCGAAAGACCCCAUUGACAUUCUAUCAGAUUUCCUUGGGAGAGAACCUUCAAUUCAAGCUUUUGUAGAGAGCAAAGUCCAAGCUAGUUUGUGAUGCAGAAGGGGUUUCAAGCUCUCCACUUCCAGAACCGCAUUUGUGGCUGCUGAUGAAGGUGUUGAAUCAUUCAUACUCUUCUAAAGUCAUUAAGCCGCAAUGAGUAGUUAACCGAAAUGGAGAUGAUUAGGGUAUUGCUUGCUGAACAAUGCUUUAAGUGGUAAGGUAGAAAUGAAAAUGGCAUCACCUCUGUAAAGUUUAGGUGCAAUCAGCUGUUAUAAUGUUUGAGAUGAUUAUAGGUGAGCUUGGUUCUGCGUAUUGGCCUGUGAAACGGAUGUGUUUCUUCUUGAUGGUGGUGGAUUAUCCAAUUGUUGAGUGUUGGAUGGUCA